UUACAUUCUCUCUAACUAAUUAUAUGCAAUUUUAUUUUUCCAGUUGAUUCUUUAAAUUAUCACUGAUAAUGAGGGAGUCAAAUAAAGAUAAUGAGGAGGGCAAUCAUCAAAGAAAUCAUCAGCUUAAGAUAUCUAAGUAUUUCUUUAAAGACAACAACUCGGUGCAGAAACAUUCUAGUUUCGUGGAGAAGGAAAUUCGAAAAAUGGUUCGAUCGGAAGUCGAGCACGCAUUUCAACUCUCAUCCUUCUGGUCACCAUUGCAAAGUGAUAAGAAUGAGCAAUCCGAAUCAAGACAUAUUAAGCUACAAUUUGAAACCAAACUACCUCGCGAGAUCUUCACCGGGAAAAAAGUUGAAGCUGAGGGGCCUUCACCCAUUAAAAUCCAGUUACUAGAUACAAUUUCUGGGAAACUAAUUACAGAUGGUCCAUUGUCAUCUAAAAAGGUAGAAAUUGUAGUUGUUAAGGGUGAUUUCGACCCAGAACAACAUGAGAGUUGGACAAAAGAAAUGUUCUGUAAACAGAUGGUAUCAAAGAGGUAUCAGAAAAGCCCACCAUUGUUGAAUGGGCAUCGUUCCAUUUCUUUGCAAAAUGGGAUUGGGUUUGUUGAGGAUAUUGUGUUUACUGAUAACUCUAGUUGGGGGAGAAGCAAGAUGUUUAGGUUAGGUGCUAAAAUGAAUGGUGAAGAACAACACCUAGUGAGGGAAGGAAUUAGCAAUCCUUUUAAAGUCAAGGAUCGUCGUGGAGAAAACUAUCAAAAGUGUAACAACCCAUCUCUUGAAGAUGAAGUUUGGCGUUUGUCCGGGAUAGCAAAAGAUGGGAAGAUCUGCCAAAGAUUGGAAGCACAUGAAAUUUUCAAAGUGAAGGAUUUGAUCACAUGUCAUGACAAUGACGAAUCUGUACUCCGCAAAAUACUGUCACCAACAAAGCUCAAGGCGAUAAUUCAAAAGGCUACUGCAUGUUUGACAGUACCAACAUGCAUAAAUAAGAGUGAAUGUGCUCAAGUUAACUUCCCUUGUGGUAGUAUUAUCAACCAAAAUAUCAAUACAUGCUCAGACAUGCCACAGUCUUGUUUUAAUGAAGAACAAGAGAUUCAAAUGCCAGGGAUCUAUGAACAGAACAAUUGCUUGGUUGAAAACAUGUUACAAGGAUCUUAUGAUAAUGUCCAUGUCCCUUCAUGCUAUCUUGAUGAUUAUUUAGUACCACCAUCUCCCGCUACUACAUUUCAGGCUCAAACCGCAAUGGUGGAACAAGACAACGACUUUUUGGUUAGUUAUGGCUAUGAUUCCAACACAGGAAUGUUGCCCUCUAAUUCAUGGAUUCCAAACCCCAAAAGUGGUUGAGAAAAGGUUCCGAAAGAAGAGAAGGUUUCCUUGUUAUAGUUAGCUAUAUGAUAUUUGAUAUAUUAAUUCAUAUAGAUGCUUUCAAUCUUUUCAAAUUAAGACUUUAAGAUUGUUAGUGUAGAUCAGUACCUUAGGCAUUUGAGCUAAACACUUUCAUUUGUAAAAUACUACCAUAAUAAAACUUGCAUUACUAAUGUAAAACUAUAUAUGAAGAC